GUCACUUCCUCUCCUGUCCGCGUGGUGCAUGCAUCGCGUCUGUCCGAUUCGCGUCGGCUGCGAGUACGCGCGUUAUUCGCGAGAGCGCAUCCGUUGGUAACGUCGGGAGCUGGUGGUGGGAAACACGAGGAUUUUCUCUCAUCCGCUCGUUCUCUUGAGGAUUACCCAAGGAAUACGUUCGUCGUUGGAUGCAGGUUACCGCCGACAUGAACAACCCGCUUUUGCUCACUGCAUCGGCGAUCCUCGCCUGGCUGACGAGUGCCGUUCGCUGCGAGUGCUUCUACGAAGCCGCCAUAAAGGAAACAAGUUUGUGCAGCAACGUCUUCAAGCGACAGGUCGGAGAGAAAGCCUUCAACGCGUCAGAUCCUCGCGAUGUACGCGAAGCCUGCUGUUCCUUAGAAAGGCUGGAACGGUGCCUGUACGCUGCCAGCAGCAACACUGGCUGCAAGGAAGAAGUCAGCAGCAUCGUCGCUUCCAGCGUUAUUGUUGCGAAAGCCCUCGUGGGCGAUGUCUACAAGACGAAGUGCCGGUUCCGAUGUUCUUCGGGAUCUACUCUGUCAGCGCCACUGCCCCUACUACUUGCUUUCUUCUUACCGCUUCUCCUGCUCAGGUGGUAUACAUAACGUACAGCGUGACAACUACCGUUCGCAUAUUCACUUAGUGGGACGCCGUGUGGUGUGACAUCACGGAUGUGAGUGUGCGUGUGACCUGCGUGCGGAACUACUGAAACGUCGCGUGCGUUACGACCGAAGUGCAAGCCAACGUCUGAAAGUCAGCCACCAAAAAAGAAAAAAGAAUGUGCUUACAUGCCUUCGAUGAGGACUACAAGAAGAAAAUUGGCGGCCGUCUUGUGUCAACAAAGGGGAGCCAAAUACAGUACUUACAAGUCGUGCACAAGCACUGCUCCGCAAAAAACCAACUGAGCUCAGCUCAAAGAUUUGAACUUUCUUCCUUAUGACUUGUUAUCUAGAGAAAAAACAAUAUUCACUCUGGACGCUGGUGAAUUAGAGAGAAAAAAAAAAAAAAGAAUGGUGUCCGUUAUUGACGGAGGACAAUAUUUAGAAUAUUGCAUUGCUCAAUCAUUGUGUUUCUAUCGUCUUUCCUCUGCUUGCUUACUACAGCUGAACAGAGCAUGUUUAUCUCGUUGGACAUGGAGUGGCGCGAGCCAUAUAUGUCAAAAUAACGUUACACAAUGGGUAAGCCGACACACUGGGCAAUACUGUAGUUUGCUUCCAAUUUGCGUAGCUCGACAACACGCAAUGUCGCUUAAGUAAGCGGCGUAAAAACGAGUUUUAUUUUCAAAGAGGUAAUGCGGAGAGAGUAUAUAUUUUAAAAAUAAAUCUCAGUCAAAAUAUCCGCGCGGUGCCAAGACGCACCCGAUGUCCAGCGGUCGGGAAAAGUCGAUGCACGUGCGAGGGUGUUCUAGUAUAAACGUCACAGAUGUUUCUGCUUCGUGUACGCAGCUGCUGAUAAUCAAAUCCCGUAUUUUUUGUGUUAUGCAAAUACUUGAAUCUUGUAGUAUAAUACGUUUGCCCGACUUUACGGCUGUUCUUAUCUAAAUACUGCAGCUCCAGGAAGUGCCGGGUUCGGAUAUAGCACUGGCUGGAUGCGACGCAAAUAUCGGUACACUAUAGUACUUCAUGUCCCGCUCUAUAGUGCGUAGACAGUGAAAGGAUUAUAAAGACUCUACGGUUAAAUUUUUGACAGGUAAAUAAAGUGGAAAAGGGAGAAAAUAAAAUAAAGGGUCAACACGUGGCAACCAUUACACUCGUGUACUUAUGCCAUUACGCGCUAUGAUGCAGUGGGUGGCAGUGGGAAGUUCGACGCGCCCUCUAGCAAGCGUUCGACGAAGUAUUCUUGGCGCCGACGUGGCCCAUAUAAAAUGUUGAAACUCAGAGGUUACGCUGAUGCUGGCCAGAUUUUGUAGAUACAUUUCACAUCAGGGUUCCAUAAUUUUUACAAUACGCACACAAAGGAAAAGAAGAGAGAAAGUCUCGUCCUGGGACCCCCUGGAUAAUUACACAAUACAUAAAACCCAGAAACAACAGUGACGUUUAUGGUGUAAACACCCCAUAGGGCGGUUACAGUCCUCUCGGGCAGAGUACCCACGCAGGCUUGGAUUGCGCACGUGCAAAUAUUAGAAUGAAGGGACACACUUCAAUGCGUACACUGCUUGGUCAUCUAAUAACACAUAGAGCUGUACAUCGUUUCACGGCAUGAAAAGCCCGCCGCUUUAGAUUUCUUCUUCCUCUUCCUGAUGAUAACGUGUUCAUUUUUCUGUGUUCGGUAAGUCUUCUGGAUGGAUAUAAGAAAUCCACACGGGACACAGGUUAUCUAAAAACCUUUCCUUUGCUUCUGUAAAUAUCUGGCAGCGAAUCGUGUGUUCCUUCUGUUUAUUAUUGCGAUUAGUGUUCUUCUUUUCUUCUUUAUAUCCAAGCAGAUAUGUGUUACAAGAUUGCUUCGAAGUAUGUAUUUUAGCCACAAAACUCUUUAGCAGCUUGAUUCCGUUUACGUCACCUUAAAGUGCAAUAGUCUUCCGAGUGGGUUAAACAUUGUGAGCGGCGUGAACGUUCUGUCUUGUUUAGUUCACUGACAUCUCCGACAUGGUGGAUAACCAGACGGUACAAUAAUGCUAAACACAGCAAUAGCAGCUUUUCUUUUUUUUUUUUUUUUUGUUGAAGAGUAGCAAGCUGACCUCUCUCAACAACACACACAGCAAUACCACCAUCAACGCGCGCUGUUGCAGGGCAAACGCGUCUUUGAAGUGUUUAUAUGCUCGUUAUUGACCAAAUGUUGCAAAGUCACCAAAGCUUCUUUUUUCCUCGAGGAAAGCAAUUUGUGCCAAGAUGCCAAUUUUGCUUCAGCUGAGAGAAACUGUCUGUAAAUAGUAUAUAAAUAAUACGAUAUUUGUUUUGAUCAAACUAAAGCGUUGCAAGAUGAA